AUGAUUCCUCGUGUCUUUGGGAGGUCGAUAAGGAGGCUACCGACUUAUAGAUGUUACAGUUGUGGUGGUGUAAGCAUAUCUGAUUUUUCAACAAGGAAGAAAGGCACAGGAAGUGGUCCAUUUGUUGAAUUGCCUGAAUUCACACCAUUACAGGAUUCGAUUUUAAUCAAGAUUCCAAGUUCUUGUACAGUAUAUGGACGUUUGGAUAAGAUAAGUGCCAUUACUUCAGAUAUUCGUGAUCAUGGUAAACCAUUCUUAGCCCAGGAUAUCGAUUCUUCGAAGGGCCUUUCAAUAGUUACCACUGGUGAGCACCCUGCAAAUGUUUUGAUGGCUUCACAUACACCAUUAUCCAAUAUAGUGGUUUUAAAAUUGGAUAAUUACAAACAUGGUAUCUAUAUUCCUAAUUUUUACGAGGAAUCAUUGUGCUUUAGUGGUGAUCUACAUAUUGACGACAAUGGAGAGCUAAAAGGUUUAGGAAUUGUAGCGCUAGCAGGUCAAGGCCCUAUUUAUCAAAUGAUUUUAAAACCUGGUGAAAAAAAUUUGGUCGCAAGAGAAUCCAUAUUAGCAUACGAUUCCAAAGUUAAAUGUCAGUUGACUAAAUUAAGUUCAUCGUUUAACAUCCCACAAAGUGUUCAUGAAUGGUUUGUCAAAAAUGCAUCAAAGUUUUAUGACAAUGCUAAAGUACAAUGGUCCAGACUGUUCAACAGCCAUAAAAUUUACUGUGAACUUCAAGGUCCUGGUUCAGUUUUCUUGCAGACAAAUUUUGUGCCAGGAUCCAAACCAUUCACUAAAUCUGAUCUCUUCAAAGCUUCCCAAUGA